AUAUACACGACGUACGACACAUGAUUGAAAAUGCACUUUGUCGGCGUGCUCGAGUGAGCUCCGAGUAGCAGAAGUGCAUUUAAAACAUGUCAAACUUGACAAGAUGAGGUUAAGAUACAUGGUUCUGUUUUUAAUUCAUUUUGCGCGGGAUUUGCAAGCAUGCACGGGGAGCUCGUCGGGCAACAAUACCACAGAUCACCAGCAGGUGUACAAUCCCAAAGGUCCAUUAGUGAUGUGCAAAUUUCUGCCAAAAGAAUUUAUCGAAUGUGAAGAACCAAUCGAUCAUAAGGGUAACAAAACUGCCAAAGAAGAAACUGGAUUUGGUUGCGUAAAGUUUGGCGGCUCCAGAUACGAAGACGUUGAAAAGACUAAAGUAUCAUGUACUGUACUCCCGAAUAUUGAGUGUUACGGACCCAGAACAUUUACCCGUGAUGGUGUUCCUUGUAUAAAGUACAGUGACCAUUAUUUUACUACGACUUUAUUGUACAGCAUACUGUUAGGAUUCCUGGGCAUGGAUCGGUUUUGUUUGGGACAAACUGGCACUGCUGUCGGCAAGUUAUUAACGUUAGGUGGUGUGGGAGUGUGGUGGAUUUUCGAUGUGAUUCUGUUAGUCAUAGGUUCUUUACAACCUGAGGAUGGUAGCAAUUGGAAUCCUUAUGUAUAGCAUUUAACACUAAUACAAGGAACUCUUGAACAUAUGAAAUAACUGUAAGUGUUUUUGCGAGCUAUCCUUUAUAAUGACAUUUAAUAAUUUCACAUUUAUG